AUGAGACAGAAGGCAAGGAACAUCAUCGCUGACUUCAGGAUGCUGGGGCCCCUCUUAGAGGUGGAACAAGGAACAGAGCUGCUCCGAUUGUGCUUCAGGAGUGUGUUCUGCCUGCCGCCUGCAGACGUGUUGCAAAAGGAUGCAUCCAGUCCAGAGGAGGCCCGGGCCAACGUGAGACUCAAAGAGACAGUCAUCACUGAGAUGCCCACACGGAUCGAGGACUGCUUGGAGCUUUUGGAUCCAUGGCUUAAUUCCCAGAAAGACAGUGAGCGGGAACGGGCCAUGCAGUGUGCUGCCCAUGUUCUUGGAUUUGCUGCAACGAUGAAGAACUUCAAGAUGCAGAUGGAGAUCACCCAGCUGGAGCAGUGGGUAAAGCUGCUGGCCCUGUGCUGCCAGGACCCUGUGGACAACAUCUGCUUUCUGUCAUCCCAGGCUGCCUACAACCUCACCUGUAUCCUCUCAAGAAAGAAGAGUAAGGGGAAGUUUCUCUUAUCACCCACUCUACAGCCUCCCACUUGGGCUGGCCAUCCCCCCACACUCUGUCCUGGGAGAGUGAGACCCAAGAAGUUAAUUGAAUACCUCAUUUUCUUUUACGAAUCUGUCCCCAAAUACCUACAGUUAAUCUCUUGGGCCAAAAUACCCACACAGGAAAUAGCUCCUUUGAAUUAG